UCCCGGCCGCCCUGCCGUGUGCGGGGCCGUACCGCCGCUGUCAUCCACCCCAGCCGGAGGCAGGGAGCCGUCCUGGCCAGCGGCCAGCCCUCUCCUCGCAGCUACCUCCCCCGGCCGGCCGCUCCGCAGAGCGGAAUCUUCCUGCCUCCGGUCCUGCAAGUCACAGGGCAGAGUAACUCGCGGCAGAGCCGUCAGCAGCCCGCGGCAGCAUGUCCGGCACCAAAUACGUAGACUCGGAGGGCUUUCUGUACACGGCGCCCGUCCGGGAGCAGGGCAACAUCUACAAGCCCAACAACAAAAUGAUGGCAGAUGAGCUGAGCGAAAAGGCGGUGCACGACGUGCACACCAAAGAGAUCGACCUGGUCAACCGAGACCCCAAGCACCUCAACGACGACGUGGUUAAGAUUGAUUUUGAAGAUGUGAUUGCUGAGCCAGAGGGAACACACAGCUUUGAUGGGAUUUGGAAGGCCAGUUUUACCACCUUCACUGUAACGAAAUACUGGUUUUAUCGUUUGCUGUCAGCAAUCUUUGGUAUUCCUAUGGCUCUCAUCUGGGGCAUCUACUUUGCCAUUUUGUCAUUCCUGCACAUCUGGGCGGUGGUGCCGUGCAUAAGGAGCUACCUGAUUGAGAUCCAGUGUAUUAGCCGUGUCUAUUCCAUCUGCAUCCACACGUUCUGCGACCCGCUCUUUGAGGCCAUAGGCAGAGUGUUCAGCAGCAUCCGAGCCACAGUACGGAAAGAGAUCUGAGGGACAAUUCCAGGAGAGCCAUCAGCUUAAGAAGGGGGUGAAGGUUUUGUGUUUUUUGGGGUGUUUUGGUGCCAGUUUUGUGUUUCCCAAAGCAACAUGCAGCAACUGGUGGUGGACUGGCCCAAAACAAAGAAUCACUUGCUCAGUUUCUUUUUCUACUGUUCAUUCUUACUGGACUACUUGCCCUUUUUUUUUUUUUUUUUUUUCUCUCUUUUGCCUUUUUUCCCCUCUUUGGUCUGCAUUUUAGACUAACCUUAAAGGGCUCUUCUUCCAUGCCAGCUGCAUAUUAUUUUGCUGCCUGUUCAAUUCAGAGAUUGAAGUGUUGUUGGAUGCCUUUUUAUCUUACCCUUCAUUCCUUGUGAGAUAAAUCCACAGUGAUACUGAAGAAUGACAAAAAUGCUUUCCAACGCCAUAAAGCCAUUCAUUUUGUUGUGGUGAAAGAGCGCAGAGCUAUCGCAGCAGAAUGAACGUGACCAUCUGGCAGGUUUUAGCAGAAUGUUCUUUUUCAAUUGGAUUGUCAGUUGACUGCAGCUAUUUACAGUCAUGGUCAGAUACUGUGCAGAAUGAAUAAGUUAGUUAAGUAAACAUAUUACUGAACUAGCGUAUGUCCUGAAAAUUUAACAUUUUGUCAGACUGGAGACAUUGAUGUGUAAAAGCUUUGGUCAGUGCCUUUCUGUCUUGGAAGUUUGCAUCCAGUCAUUUCUCAGCCUUUGUUAGGAUUGCAGAAACAAGCAGUUGAGAGUUGAGAGUUGGUCAUUACAGAAAUGUUUUCCUGACUGUGACUUAGAGCACAUCCCUUAGCAAGCAUUUAGACAUUUAUCUCAUUGGCAUCUGGGAUAUUUUUGCAAAGUGUUAAUAUAAAUGUACAUCACAGGUAUGCCAGAGAUAAUCCUGAGUUAAAAGAUAAAUGAAGGAGUGCCAAACAAGCCACAGGAGGCCAGGGAGGAGCUCCCCCUGCGAGAAACUUUUCUACAGCUUUCAAAACUUCCCUAUCAGCAGAGGUCAGCCUGCCACUAGCACACAGAUUGUUUUCAGGAUGCUUUGCUGAGUCUAAAUGUAUUCAUCACAAGAGAUGCUUUAGAAUCUUCACAUUUGUGUGUUGCUUUGUUCAAUUUUGCUGAGCUGCCACAUCAGGAAGUCUUAAACAGAGGGUGUUGUGUGAAACCACCAUGUUGCAAAGUGGAAGGCCUCAGCAGCGGGGCCUUUGCAACAUGUUCUAAUGCUGUGACCUGCAAGAGCUUUUUGCCCUCAUGACAGUACUGUGUUCAGAGAUGUUCUCUGCAUCCUCAUUGGUUUGUGUGAAGCAUUUGUAAAAAUAGUUGCAAGGCUAAUCAGCUUUAUUGUAAACCAAGCUGGGGUCUGAGCCUGCUCCAGCUGGAAUCUCUAGCAAACCAGUUCUUGACCUGCAGGAGUGCAAAAUUUGUCCCUUGGGAUGAACAUGGAGCUGUCUGGUACAUCUAGAGCUUUUGCAUUUAGCGCCAAUAUUUUACAUAUUGCUUUACCUAACUUGGAAGUGCCUUCCAUUCUGUUUCUGCCAAAGCAUUGAAAACUUUAGGAAAUGCUGCAUUUUUAAAUGGGGUGGGGGAGGGAAAAGGGGAAAGGGUGCACAAAAAUUUACAAAGCUAUUAACUACUAUUUGCAUUUAAAACAGACACUGGUAUGGAUAUAGUUUUAUGUUUUUCUAUGUACAUAAUGAAGAGUGUACUAUUAUAGAUUUUUUCAGUAUUAAAAACAACCAAGAUUGUAAACAAGAAAUAUUUUAUCUUUUUUUGAGGAAAAUCACUCUGAAGAAGACCUUCUUGAUUUACCAUAUAAACUGUAUAUCCUGAAAGAUGUCUGUUCACUUAGAGUUCUUAGUCCCUAAUCCAAAUAUAUUGCUGAUCCAAACAUUUACAUUAUUGUUAUAAGCUUACAGAUAUAACUGACACCUUUUUAAAAAAUUCUGCAUGUACAUUAAAGACUACAAUAAAAAGAUGCUUAAUGGUA